UUUUUAGUUACACAUUUCUUACGUAAUUGACGCUAGCUGUUUGCCUUUGUAAACGGUGUUUGUUAUUUAUUAUAACAAAUAUGACGUGUAAUAUAUAGUUGUGUUUCUCCCAAGCAAGUAGUAAACCAUUCCUGUGGUCGCUUUUCACCGGAUCAUCAAUCACAAGUGAUCUGUAAAAGUCUGUUCUGCUCAUGGCUCCAAUCUGGACCGAUGUUCGAGCUGUUUUGCCCUCGACAGUGUCUGAAUUCCCACUUCACUUCAGCGAAGAGACUGAAUUCAGUGUGUUGAAGGUUCUCGAGCUGGCUAGAGAUCAGCUGUACAGUGAAGCAGAUUGCCCAGCCUCUGCUGAAAGAGCUCAGGUCAUUAUCGAUUACUCCUGGGAGAAGCUCAACACUGGGACAUGGAGAGAUGUGGACAAGGAGUGGAGGAGAGUUUACUCCUAUGGCUGCUUAUUCAAAGUCUUAAGUUUAUGUCAUGGAAAUCCAUCUCAAUAUAAUAUCCAAGAGGCCAUUAAAACAUGUGACAUGGGUCUGUUAAUGGGAGCAGCCAUCAUGGACAACAUUCUGCAAAGGAUUGUUGGUGUCUUAAGAAAUAAAAUGAAAAGCAAGAGUCCAAACAAAGCGCAGAGGAGUGAAGAACCCUGUUCAAAGAAAAUGAAACUGGACUGUGUCUCCGAGCCUGUAAUAAACCCUGCACAAGCAGUGCCUAGGAUUCAUUGUCCAUCCCUGGAGCGCUUCAGAUCAGAUUUCCUGGAUCCUCAGAAGCCUGUGAUUAUAGAGGGAAUAACUGACCACUGGCCAGCCUUAACAGAGCAUUCAUGGAGCAUAGACUACUUACGAACUAUCGCUGGCUGCCGGACGGUACCUAUUGAAGUGGGAUCCAAGUACACUGAUGAAGAGUGGUCACAAAAGCUCAUUACAAUGAAUGACUUCAUAGACCGCUACAUUAUAGGAACAGCGGAGGAUGGAGUGGGAUAUCUAGCUCAGCAUCAGUUGUUUGAUCAGGUUCCAGAACUGAAAGAAGAUAUUCGCAUCCCAGACUAUUGUUGUCUUGGAGAGGGAGAUGAGGAUGACAUUACAAUUAAUGCCUGGUUUGGGCCUGGAGGGACUGUGUCUCCUCUCCAUCAGGAUCUUCAACAGAAUUGUUUGGCACAGGUGGUUGGAAGGAAAUACAUCCGGCUCUACAGCCCAGAUGAAACAAAAAAUCUCUAUCCACAUCAGUCGCAGCUACUACACAACACCAGUCAGGUGGAAGUGGAGAAUGCAGACCUGGUGAAGUUCCCAGACUUCUCUAAAGCCUCUUAUCAGGAGUGUGUUCUCCAGCCCAGAGAUGUCCUCUUCAUCCCUCAACAGCACUGGCAUUAUGUGCGCUCUCUAGAGCUCAGCUUUUCUGUCAGUUUUUGGUGGUCCUAAUUUGUAGAGAAUAAAACAACGUGCCCAGUGUGUGCUGUCAAGUCUUAUAACAGUCUUUAUUUGUACAAACGCCAAAUGUG